AUGUGCCUCUGCCUUCUCGGGAUUGCAUUGGCGCUGCUCGUGCAGCCGAGUCCCUUGUCGCCGCCGCCCAGGACUUUGCUCGAGGAGUUCCUGGGCUCAAGGAGCAUGAAGUCCCUCCUUUGGAUGUUCUUGUUUCGUGCUGAGUGCCAGGACAACAGUGCCGAGGCCGGGGACACCCUCUUCUUCCAUGAAGGGAAUGCGCUGGCGUUGCUCAUUGCAGUGGCCGAGCACGGCCUGGGUCUUGGGAACGUUGAGGGGUUGGCAGCUGACUCGUUCGGGCUUCAGGAGUCCCUGUCCGCCGCCCACGAGUUUUCGCGAGGCAUCGAGCCAGCGCUGGUUGCAUGCUGGAGUCGCCUUGCGUGCCAGGGCUGCACGAGAGGACAACAAUGCCGAGGCCUGGGGGACAUGUGCAUCAGAACGCUGGGCUUCUUGGCUGCCAGGACCGGCUCCAUCUCGAGGAGGCGGCAGGCGAUUGCAGAAGCCGAACGGGUGCUGCAGGACAACGACACGGUGGAAAAGAUAAAAGCUGUCUUGCGAAAAGCGCAGAAGAUAAACCCAGGGAAGUGGACGCUUUCAGGGAAGAAAGACGAGUUGAAGCAAAAACUGCGCGAGUUCGUGGAAGAGGCCAAAGCAACCCUGAAGGGCUUGAAAGAGGAUUCUCGCAGGGCGCAGGUGACAAGCUGGCACCCUGGGCGUGGCGGAGUUGCUUCGCGCGCCAGCCCGCAGCAGGACAGUGGUGCGGAGGACCGGCGCGAUCUCGAGGAGGUGGUCGCAGAAGCCGACAGGGUGCUGGAGGACAACGGCACGGUGAAAGAGACCAAAGCCGUUUUGCGAAAAGCGCAGAAGAUAUAUCCAGAAGAGAUGCCAGUGAAGCGCAGAAUUCCCAAAGCAGAGGAUCCCGCCGUCUUCACCACCGACGUGUUCAUCCCCUUGGAUGAAACCAUUCGCAAGCUGGAUGUUUUGUUGCAAGAUGAGAGGGUGGUCUUUCUACGUGCUGGUGUGGCAAGCGGCAAGUCUACAUUGGCGCAGCAUUUGUGUACCACACAGCCGUCCAAGUAUUUUGGAGUCCAUGCCCCACUUGCAAAGGAUGCAACCAUUUUUGAGAUGUGGGACAGAAAGAUGAGGGCAGCUGUUUGGGGACAAAACUCGAAUGUGAAAGACAAAGACUUGCAAGAUAUGAUAAGAUUGAUCUAUGACAAUGACCAAGUCCUGGUUUUCGAUGAAUGCCACUUGCUCUUUGCUUGCCCCGAGUUCCACGAGCAGUUCCUGAAAAAGCCCUCGUGUCUGAAAAGGCGUCCAAUGGUUCUGCUCUUAUCUGCAGCGUCUGAAGGAACAGAUCAGCAAGGACGGACCUACUUAACACCAGCGGCAGUUACUGCAAAGUACAUGUGGACUCCCCCAAUCCCACAUGCCAAUGAACUUGUUGAUCAACUUGCUGAGGCUGAUGUCUAUUUGUCCCAGGAUGCGGUUGCUUUCUUCAUGGACUUUUGUGCUGGACACAGAAGUCUAUUCAUAAGAAGCAUGGAAUGGGUGCAGCAGAAGCAAAGCGGGGACAGCACUCGCUGGGAUUUGACUCGCGCACAAGGCGAAGUCAGUCAGGCAUGGGACACAGACAAUUGGACAGAAACCUCAGAUGACAGCUUGAUGGGGAAGCUUCAGACUGUUCGCGCCAUUCGUGUCAACGGAGCUUUUUCAGACCCGCAGAGCAUACCGCAACAAUUUGUGGACAUCUUGUGCGAGGGUCCAACUGCUGGUAUGGACGCGAAUCUCCGGCGCAAGCUCACUUUAUUUGGUUUCACGCUUCCUGUUGUGCCAGCGACUGACAGAAUUCCAGAGGAGUUUACGCCAUUGGAUUGGGCAAAGCUCGGGACAAAAUAUGGCGUCGCCAAUUACAUGAUGGCUUCCUACUAUCGCCAAGCGCUUGCGAAGAAGCGGCAGCUGACAGUGGAUGUGGACAGAAGCCCAACUUCUUGCACAGAUUUGCUCUUGCGAGCGCUGCCAUACUUGCUUUUUGCAGAUGUGGUGGCCAUCCAAGGGGACAAGUUCGGAAUUCGUUCUGAUGUUUCGCAAGAAGAGCUCCCAUUUGAGGUUCACUACACCCAUGCCGCAGUUCGGGAGUUGAAGCGCUUGGUUGGUAGUACAAAUAGUUUGGAGAGCACAAAAAAGGGGAAGGUUGACAUCUAUACUACGUUGGAGGACGGUUCAACUUUCGCCAUUGAAGCGGUCAUGUCUUCUCGGGGAGCAACCAGCAUUGCUAAGCAUCGAGAUCGCUUUGAAAGCGCGUCGAUGACAAACUAUGCACAUGCACAGCACAAGUGCUUGCUGAUCAUUGGCAAAUGUGGAGACAUGAGAGAGAUUGUGGGAAAAGUGCGGGACGGUAUAGAAGUGGUCGGACUUGCGCCCAAUCCAUCGCACACCGGCUACUAUGUCUACGUCAAGCGGCAAGGUGAGAAAGUUGUUGACUUCCACAUCCCGUGCGAUGGAGUUGCAAGAGGGUUCUCCUGGAAGGAUGAAGAACCAUUCUUUGAGAUCAGUUCUGCCCAGAAAUUCAAGUACAUUGAGCCAGGCAGUGCCGCCCCGCAACGACCCCCAGCAGUGUGGGUCUGUCAGCUGGGAAGCCCUGACGGCAAGAACUUCGAGGUCAUUGGCAACCCCUUUCAAGUUAAGGGAGUUUUGGCAAACGUGGAUGACUUGAAGAAGGCCUCAAGCCAAACCGAGUCAUAUGCGAUGCUGAUGAAAUUGACAUAUACAGCCAGAAGGACGGCGGCUGGGUUAAAUCAGAUGAAGAAUCAGAAGUCGACCGUGGCAAAUCCAAGGCAGACUGCUAUGGAUUCACGAUUCCAGCUGGAGCUGCUGGAGCCGCAUAGUUUGAGGCUACUGCUGGCUGUGGUCACUGUUCUCGGCUGAGGCAAUGCUGGCGCACAACGUUUCACCUCGUACAGUGAC